UAAAUACAAGUCGCACAGGGGUGGGGACGGCUAUCCCGCCUUGGUUUUCUCUGCAGAGGGAAUACAGCAGACGAGACAUGCAGAACUACCUGAAGCUCAUCAACAAGACCAAGAUGCCUGUUCUAGGAUUAGGCACAUGGCAGUCUCCUUUAGGGAAAGUGAGAGACACAAUCAAACUUGCCAUUGACAUUGGAUACCGCCAUUUUGACUGUGCCUACGUGUACCAGAAUGAAGGGGAAAUAGGGGGUGCGAUCCAAGAAAAGAUAAAAGAACGGGCUGUGGCACGAGAGGAUCUAUUUGUCGUCAGUAAGCUGUGGUCUACGUUUCAUGAGAAAUCCAUGGUGAAGGGAGCAUGUGAAAAAACGCUUGCAUCUCUAAAGCUGGAUUAUGUGGAUCUCUACCUCAUGCACUGGCCCAUGGGUUUCAAGGCUGGAGAACAAUUGUUUCCUACAGAUAAGAAUGGUUUGAUGUUGCCCAGCAAUACAGAUUUUCUGGACACAUGGGAGGCUAUGGAGGACCUGAUGGAUGCAGGUCUGGUGAAAUCCAUCGGAAUUUCUAACUUCAACCAUGAGCAGAUAGAGAGGCUCUUAAACAAACCAGGAUUAAGACACAAGCCAGUAAAUAAUCAGAUUGAGAGUCACCCAUACCUGCCUCAGGAAGAACUGGUGAAUUUCUGCAAAUCCAAAGGAAUUUCUGUCACUGUCUAUUGUCCUCUUGGAGCUCCCAACUGGAUAUGGGCUAAACCUGAGGAUCCUCUCCCACUGGAUGACCCCAAGGUCAAAGAAAUUGCAGCCAAACACACUAAAACUUCAGCUCAGGUUUUGCUCCGUUUCCAGAUUCAAAGGAAUGUUGCUGUCAUCCCCAAAUCAAUUACUCCACAUCGUCUUAAAGAGAAUUUUCAGGUGUUUGACUUUGAACUGAGCCAAAAAGAAAUGGAAACUCUACUCAGCUUCAACAGGAGACACAGGAUCUGUGCACUAAAUGAGUGCCGAAAUCACAAAGAUUAUCCUUUCAAGAGAAAUGACUGAAAGGGAUAUUUGGCACAGGAAAAUGGUUUAUUAUGGUUGCCCUUCUCUGCAAUCAUUCCUGCUGUAACAGAACUACUAGCCGUAUACUUGCCUCCGGCAUGAACUAAUACAUUACAGUUAAAGAAGAAUCUUGGCGAGCCAUGCUCUCAGAUAGCUCCAAUCACAGCUGGGGUAGCUGCAGUUCUGCCAAUUUAUAUUUUUGCUAAAAACUUUGAUAGAAGGCUCCCCAAAGACUAUUUGUUCUCUUACACAUCAGGCCUACCACAGAAACGUUUACAUUGGAAAAUAACUAUCCUGUUGCUUGAGAUUCAGCAAGUUGCAACCUUUUGUAUCUGAGAUAAGAGUCCAGGGGUGGGGAGGAGGCAGUUUCUAUCUUGACUGCCCUCUAAUCUCCAAGGCCGAGACUUCAGCCCCACCAAUCACUCCAUUGGUCAGUUAUCAGAUUCAAUUAUCAUGUUCUACUGCAGGGGUAGGGAACCUUUAACACUCAAAGAGCCAUUUGGACCUGUUUUCCAUGGGAAAAGAAAACACUUGG